UCGUGUUGUGCAAGUGCAAAAACUCAAGAGGAGCUACCUCCGCGGUGACCCCCGGGCAACGACGUCCGAACAAAAGUUUCGGCCGCCAGGUGGCGUCUCUGCAGCGCGAGCCCCCUUUCCUGCCUAAAUCACCAAAACAACAAAUCGAGCGGAGCAAGUGGGCGAAAAAGUGGGAGAACUCCGACCGCCACUUUCAAACUAAGCUACGGAACGUUGGAAGCAUUUUCCGACAAUCGAAUUUUCAAUAUAUUUUUGCCGCGGCCUGCGGAACGCGACAGAAGGCCUGGGGUCGGCGUUAUAGUCAUAAUAACGACAAGGUCAUCUAAGGUGGCAGUGUCAAGAUCUUCUGAGUGCUCGCUGUCCGUAGGUAUAUAUUAGGUGUGGUACAGAAAAUGUUGAAGAAAUGAUAGCAACAUCAGAAUUUCAAGCGGAGUUCCAUUUUCCUCAGGAAACUGAUACACAGUUGUCCUCUGACACUGAUUUUGAGGAUCCUGAUGGAAGGAAUGCAAAGAAAACCAAAGGAAAGACCACAAAGAGGGGGAAGAAGGUCCCUGCGGAGAAGGGCCUGGCAGGAGGGAAGGCUGGCAGUCAUGGCCGAAUGAAUGGUCAUCAUCAAGAAAAUGGCAAAAAAAGCAUGAUGCUCUUUGAGGUGGUGAAAAUAGGGAAGAGUGCCACGCAGUCAGUUGUUGAUGACUGGAUCGAAUCUUACAAGCAUGACAGAGAUGUCGCACUUCUCGACUUGAUCAACUUUUUCAUCCAGUGUUCGGGUUGUAAAGGUGGUGUUAGUGCCGAAAUGUUUCACCACAUGCAAAACUCAGAAAUCAUAAGGAAGAUGACAGAAGAAUUUGAUGAGGACAGUGGUGACUACCCUUUAACAAUGGCAGGGCCUCAGUGGAAGAAAUUCAAAUCAAAUUUCUGUGAGUUUAUUGGGGUCUUGGUACGGCAGUGCCAGUACAGCAUCAUCUAUGAUGAAUACAUGAUGGACACAGUCAUCUCCCUGUUGACUGGUCUGUCCGACUCCCAGGUCCGGGCCUUCAGACACACCAGCACACUAGCAGCAAUGAAGCUAAUGACAGCCCUAGUGAAUGUAGCUCUGAAUCUUAGCAUCAACAUGGACAACACUCAGAGACAGUAUGAAACAGAGCGGAAUAAGACGAUCGGCAAAAGGGCCAGUGACAAGCUUGAGCUCCUCCUUCAGAAGCGCAAAGAGCUUCAGGAAAAUCAGGAUGAAAUAGAGAACAUGAUGAAUGCCAUUUUUAAAGGUGUUUUUAUUCACAGAUACCGUGACGCAAUAGCAGAAAUCCGUGCAGUUUGCAUCGAGGAGAUUGGGGUAUGGAUGAAGAUGUACAGCGACGCAUUUCUGAAUGACAGCUAUCUGAAGUAUGUCGGUUGGACCAUGCAUGAUAAGCAAGGCGAGGUGCGCCUCAAGUGCCUAACUGCCCUUCAGGGCUUGUACCACAACAGGGAGCUAAAUGCAAGGCUGGAGCUCUUCACGAGCCGUUUCAAGGACCGCAUUGUGUCAAUGACUCUGGACAAGGAGUAUGAUGUUGCUGUGCAGGCAAUAAAACUUCUUACUCUUGUAUUGAAUAGCAGCGAGGAAGUCCUCACUGCAGAAGACUGUGAAAGUGUGUACCAUUUAGUUUACUCAGCACAUAGGCCAGUGGCAGUGGCAGCGGGAGAGUUCCUCUAUAAAAAACUCUUCAGCAGCCGGGACCCUGCAGAAGAAGGGGUGUCCAAGAGGAGAGGGAGGCAGAGUCCUAAUGCCAACCUCAUCAAGACAACAGUUUUCUUUUUCUUGGAAAGUGAGCUCCACGAGCACGGAGCAUACCUGGUGGACAGCAUGUGGGAUUGUGCCACGGAGCUGCUGAAGGACUGGGAAUGCAUGAUCAGCCUUCUGCUGGAUGAGCCUAUCCUGGGGGAAGAAGCCCUGACUGACCGCCAGGAGUCAGCCCUGAUAGAGAUCAUGCUCUGUACAAUCCGCCAGGCUGCCGAGUGCCACCCACCUGUGGGCCGAGGCACAGGGAAGAGGGUUCUUACUGCAAAGGAAAAAAAAACCCAGCUAGAUGAUCGAACACGAAUAACGGAGCUUUUCGCUGUGGCUCUGCCUCUCCUGCUUGCAAAAUAUUCUGUGGAUGCCGAAAAGGUCACCAACCUCUUACAACUGCCACAGUACUUUGACCUUGAGAUCUACACGACAGGAAGAUUAGAAAAGCAUUUGGAGUCUUUGCUACGACAAAUCAAGGAGGUUGUGGAGAAGCACACUGACACAGAGGUCUUGGAGGCCUGCUCCAAAACCUACCAUGCCCUUUGCAACGAGGAGUUCACCAUCUUCAACAGGGUGGAUAUCGCCCGGAGCCAUCUGCUGGAUGAGCUCGUAGACAAGUUCAACAGACUUCUUGAAGACUUCCUACAGGAGGGUGAGGAGCCUGAUGAAGAUGAUGCCUACCAAGUUCUUUCCACACUCAAAAGGAUUACAGCUUUCCAUAAUGCACACAACCUCUCCAAAUGGGACUUGUUUACUAGCACCUUCAAGUUACUAACCUCGGGCAUUGAGAAUGGAGACAUGCCUGAACAGAUUGUCAUUAAUGCAAUGCAGUGUACUCACUACGCAAUCCUGUGGCAGUUGGCCAAGGUCACAGAGAGCAGUUCCAAUAAGGAAGAUAUGGCUACCCUCAGGAAACAGAUGAGAGCUUUCUGUAUGUUGUGUCAGCGCUACCUAUCAAGUGUGAACACAGCAGUUAAAGAACAGGCUUUUACCGUCCUCUGUGAUAUGCUCUUAAUCUUCAGCCACCAGAUUGUUUCUUCAGGGAGAGACAUGCUGGAACUGUUGGUUUACUCUCCUGACUCAUCUCUGCAAUCUGAACUGCUAAACUUCAUUCUGGACCAUGUUUUCAUUGAUCAGGACGACGAUGACAACAGCACAGGUAAUGGACAACAAGACGAUGAAGCCAGUAAAAUCGAAGCUUUGCAUAAAAGGAGGAACCUCCUUGCAGCCUACUGUAAACUGAUAAUUUAUAACAUUGUGGAUAUGAAAACAGGAGCAGACAUAUUCAAGCAGUACAUGAGAUACUACAAUGAUUAUGGUGAUAUCAUCAAGGAAACCAUGAGCAAAACAAGGCAAAUUGAUAAAAUUCAGUGUGCAAAAACCCUCAUCUUGAGUUUGCAGCAGUUGUUCAAAGAGAUGUUAUCAGACCUUGGGCACAAUUUCGACCGAUCAUCCUCAGUGUUCUCUGGCAUAAAGGAGCUUGCCCGUCGAUUCUCACUUACAUUUGGGCUAGAUCAGCUGAAGACCAGAGAAGCCAUUGCAAUGUUACACAAAGAUGGGAUAGAGUUUGCAUUCCAAGAGCCUAAUCCCCAAGGAGAAGGCCACCCUCCCAUCAAUCUUGCUUUCCUGGACAUUUUAAGCGAGUUCUCUUCUAAGCUCUUGCGGCAAGAUAAAAAGACAGUUCACCUGUAUCUGGAGAGGUUCAUGACCUUCCAAAUGGCCCUGCAGCGCGAGGAUUGCUGGCUCCCUCUCAUCUCGUACCGGAACUCCCUGCAGGCAGGAGGAGAUGACGACACCAUGUCCGUUAUUAGUGCUAUCAGCAGCCGCAGUUCCACCAGCCGCAGCAAAAAGGCCAAGCCAAUAGUCGGCAAGAGAAAGAUGACUGAAGUCGAGGAAAGCAGCUGCAGUAGCAGUGAUGGAAUGUGGAUUAACCAGCAGCAGACAGUGCAGACCCCAGUCAUGAUUUCCUCGCCUCACCUCACCUCCACUGUACUGAGGGACCCUAAGAGGAUUCGGCCUGAGGAGAGCUACAUGGUGUACCCCGUUCCUCCUGAGCAGCAACAGCAGCAGAUACAGCAGCCUUCCCCUCAGGUUCAGCCACCCCAGUCACAACCCCAUCAAAUACCUAUGGACUACAACACCCAGGUUGCUUGGAUGCUGGCCCAGAGACAACAAGAGGAAGUUCGGCAGCAGCAGGAUCGAGUCGCCAUGCAGUAUGCCAAAAUGAGAAGCCACACGCAACAUGCAAUUCGCCGUGGUGCAGAACUUAUGGAAGACGAUGAGGAGCCAAUUGUAGAGGAUGUUAUGAUGUCAUCCGAAAGUCGCCUAGAGGACCUCAAUGAAGGCAUGGAUUUUGAUACAAUGGACAUUGAUCUGCCACCAUCAAAAAAUCGCAGAGAGAGAUCCGAGCUGAAGCCAGACUUUUUUGAUCCUGCUUCUAUUAUGGACGAUUCUGUUCUUAAUGUCUCAAUGUUUUAAGUUGAAUUUGCGAAGACACAAUUUUUCUGUUCUUAUAAUAAACGCCUGGAUAAUGAACACAUUCUCUGGAGAAUCUUGUGGACAUAUUUAUUGAAUUUACCUGCAUUCAGAGGAAGGAUUAUCCUCCCACUGCUGCUGUGUGUUAUAACUACUUACAGCAUUGGUUAAGCUUUCUCUGUUACAGUUGCAGAAAGUUUGGCAUUUGAAAGCUAUGGAAUUUGGCAGUCCAGUCUGUAACUGUAAUAAACAUAUUUUGAAAAUGUGAAAAUGCUGUGACGGGUCUGUCUAAAAAUGAAAUAUCGGGUUCUUUUAAAGUCCUCAUUCAGGUUGUGGUAUGUAUUUUUAAUGGAACAAGCUGUUCUGCUUUUCUAAUUUAAAGGAGACUUUGAUCUAUCUUUCAGCUUUUUUUGUAAUAAUCAGAAGUAAUUUUUGAAGAGAUUAUUGAUUACUAUAAGUAUUUAAUUGUACCAUAUUAUGGAAUUUAUGUACAACCAUGGCACAGAUACUUCCAAUUUUUCAGUUUCUUUAAACUUUUUUCAUCUUUGACUACUAAUUGGAAGUGAAUUUAAAGUAUUCAGUGGCUACUUUAUAAGGUGAAGCAAUGUGCUCCGAAUUAUGGGUGGCAAUAAAUCACAAACCUUACCCAAAGAUUCAAACUCUUUCGGUGUUGCAUUCAGAAAAUAAGUCAGGAAAAAAGAAUCUCUAAAGUAGUCCCACUGUGUUGCAUCUGUGAUUUAAAAAAAUAAAUUAAUUU